CAACUCGAGAAGUAACCACUACUUCGACACACGCACACAUUCAACAUGCCUGCAGAUUACAAUGGAAAGUGGGAGAUGGUGAGCAGUAAAAACUUUGAUGAUGUCAUGAAAGCCCUUGACAUCGACUUUGCCACCAGAACAAUUGCUUCCAAGCUGCACCAGACAAAAAUCAUAGUUCAGAACGGAGACAAGUUUGAAACAAACACGUUGAGCACCUUCAGAAACUAUGAGGUUAACUUUACUGUAGGGGUGGAGUUCGAAGAGCAGACAAAGGGUCUUGACAACCGAAAAGUCAUGACUCUGGUCACCUGGGAUGGGGACAAACUGGUGUGUGUUCAGAAGGGGGAAAAGGAAAACCGUGGUUGGAAACACUGGAUCGAGGGAGAUCUGCUACAUCUGGAGAUCCACGUACUGGACAAAGUCUGCCUCCAAGUUUUUAAGAAGGCCCAGUAAGAUGUGCUUAAGUCUCCGAAAUUGCACGAUACAAUCUAUUUAUAACAUUUAAAGUAAUAAACUGAUAACACAGUGAA